AUGAGUAGUGUAACAUUUUGUACCAAUGAUCCAAGAAAGUCAAUAUUCCAAUGUCUAGCCCAGGGGUUUACUUCCAAAAAAGACUGUAGCCAAAUAGAAAGACUCAAGCUUGUCUCUAGCCAAAUAGAAAGACUCAAGCUAGACUCUAGCCAAAUAGAAAGACUCAAGCUAGACCCUAGCCAAAUAGAAAGACUCAAGAUAGAUUCUAGCCAAAUAGAAAGACUCAAGAUAGACUCUAGACAAAUAGAAAGACUCAAGAUAGACUCUAGCCAAAUAGAAAGACUCAAGUUAGACUCUAGCCAAAUAGAAAGACUCAAGCUAGAUUCUAGCCAAAUAGAAAGACUUAAGAUAGACUCUAGACAUAUAAAAAGACUCAAGAUAGACUCUAGCCAAAUAGAAAGACUUAAGAUAGACUCUAGACAUAUAGAAAGACUCAAGCUAGAUUCUAGCCAAAUAGAAAGACUUAAGAUAGACUCUAGACAUAUAGAAAGACUCAAGCUAGAUUCUAGCCAAAUAGAAAGACUUAAGAUAGACUCUAGACAUAUAGAAAGACUCAAGAUAGAUUCUAGCCAAAUAGAAAGACUCAAGAUAGACUCUAGACAAAUAGAAAGACUCAAGCUAGAUUCUAGCCAAAUAGAAAGACUCAAUAUAGCCAAAUAG